AUGGUUGACGGGAGAGAAGGGGAAAGUGUAACAGGAGCAGCAGCUCCUGCCGCCGAUGUUGGGGCUGCUGUGGCAGCUACCGCUAGCUGGGCUAGGGGCACCGCGGCCACCAAAUCUACCGCCACAUCAACCUCUACAGGCUCCGGUGGCACUAUCAGCAGCGGCCCCUGGGCCAGCGGCCCCUGUGGCUCCAGCGGCGAAGGCUUCCACUUCAGUCAGUCCUCCUCCGGCGGUUCCAGGCGGCACAGGCGCUGCGGCACGCGCUGUAGCGGUGCCGUCUUCAGCAUCUGCAUCUGCUGGAGAGCAACCGCAAACACCACAAGCACCACAAACGUCCGCUGCUCGUCAACCGCCACCUUCCGUGACACCCGGCCAGAUCCACCAAUAUCAGCACCAACAACUCCUCCAACCAAGAGGAACCAGAAGUCGUCGUCCAGCCCCGCCACCCGUCCAUGGUUCCUGGAAUCUAAAUCCAACGGUGCGCGGCGCCAGAACUUUUCUUCCUUCUCCUACCACCGCCACCGCCCAUCCUCUAGCAGCCCACUACGCUCCUCGACCGAGCUGUCGGAACCAGUGUCGCUGCCUGCCGCCGCCGCCGCCGCCGCCGCCACUAAUAGCCCGCCGCUUGCCAACAACGACGACGCCCCCUCCGCCGUCAGCGCGCGGCGACGACAACGCGUCCUCGACUUCCCUGUCCCCACCCGCUUGUCCAUGCCUCCUGGCUCGCAAUCGGGGAUGCAGAACCGCCUCUCGUCGUCGUCGUCGCCCUCACUCCCGCCGAACUCGUCUCCGUCCGUCUCCGCCGCCGCCGCACCAGUCCAGUCAGCCGUGGUCACGGACACGAACGCGACUCUUGGACCCCCCGCCGCCGCCACACAAUCCUCCUUACCCUCACCAUCCUCCUCCUCCUCGACCAACAACAAUGGCGACGGUCGCGCCAACACCGGUGCCAACGCGAACGCUGCCGCCAAUGCACGUCGCGCCAACGCUAACAAUGCAGGGCCUUCGGCACCCGGCAGGCGCUCGUCUGGCUCGCCUGCACCGUCGUCAACCUCUGCCACACCCACCUCCCGUAGCAGUCUCCUGUCGCGCUUCAAGAUCCCGAUUUCUCUGCCCACGCGUACCCGCCAUAUAACCGACUUCUACAUCCAGACGGACAAGUCGCCCCGCCACAGCUACAGCCCGGGCGACCACGUCCGUGGUACCGUUCACCUGACCGUGUCCAAACCUGUGCGCAUCACCCACCUCACCGUCUCCCUCAAUGGCUAUGUACAGGUCGUCAAGGACGCGUCGGCCGGCUCCAAGACCUUGUCUAGCUCCGUGUCAUCCCGACUUCCCCAGGGCGGUUCCCACAGCCCCCAGUACCAUGGCAAUGGUCUCGCCAGCCUCUUCCAGGAUGAGCAGGUCCUUAGCGGCGAGGGGAGGUUGGAUGUGAGCAAGUACCAAUUUGGGUUCGACCUGGUCUUUCCCUCACACGGCCUCCCCAGCAGUAUCUCUUUUGGCCUGGGCACCAUUGCAUACAUGGUAACAGCAACGCUGACGAGGCCGACGUCCAUAGCUCCAACCAUAUCGUGCGACAGAGAUGUCCAGUUGAUGGACAAGAUAGACAUUGGUCGGGUACAGCCGCCACGGCCACGGCCCAUCUUCCUCGAGCCGAUAUCAAAGCACAAAAGACGCAAGAGGUCCGCGGGACUCGAAAGGGCUACCCCCACUCCGGCUCAGGAUCUUACUGGUCACGAAGGUGGAUCCGAGGCUGGCUCCGUCGCUCCGUCGUCAGUGACGGCCGACGAUGCCUCACGUAACCGGUCGACGAUCGACCUACGCCACACCGAUCAGAGCGAUAUCCGGAGCGACAUCAGCGCCGGCAGCGUUCGCAGUGUCAGCACAGGCGGCUUGAGCCGCGCCGAGCUCGCCCAGGUGGCCGAGGCCAAGCAGCAAGCUGUCGAUGAUAAGACGAUAACAGCAACCAUUGCCGUUCUGCGCGGCGGUUGCCUGCCUGGCGAUACAGUCCCCGUGCGCAUCACGGUCCAGCACAUUGAGCGCAUCAAGAGCAUGAAUGGUGUCAUUGUGACCCUUUUCCGCCGGGGAAAGGUCGACUCGAAUCCCCCGGCAUCGCUCUUUGAUGGUACCAUGUCGGAUGAAGAUAAGAGAAAGCUUAACAAGGACGAAUCGUACCCCCGGUCCCGGACCGGACUGGGUGGUUUAUCGCUCUCGUCGGCCGGUUCAACUCGCGUCUUUAGGCAGGACCUCGACCAGACAAUGUCGCCCCUCAUCAUCAACCCGGCGACGUUGCAAGCUUCUGUCACACUGUCGGUCAAAUUGCCCGAAGAGCCCUUCCCGACUACCAUGGGCGUGCCGGGCGACAUGAUUGCCUUCCGAUACUACGUCGAGGUGCUCGUCGACCUCAAGGGCAACAUGUGGAGCUCGGUCGGAGCUCAGGACUCGCGAUUGGGCUCUACAGCAGGCGGCAUGUUUGAUGGCGUCGGCGCCAACUACAACCCGAGGCGAGGUGUAGCCAUCCGCGACACUGAAGCGAUGCGGAGGGCCAAGAGUGUCGUGGCGGUCGCCAUGGAGGUUAUUGUCGGAACUACGGACAGCUCCCGUACCAGCAAGCCCUCUCGGCUAUGGACGUCACCGUCCAUCAGGCCAAUGGGCACUAGUACGAGCGAGGACGAUCAGCAGCACGGCUCCUCCCCCAAUCUCGGGCACAAUCAUCAGCAUCCCAACGCACCGUACCAAUAUCAAUUCCACGAUCAAAGCCAGCCUGACAUAGCACCGCCCCUGAAUGGCCAGCUCACGAACAGCCCAUCAUCCUACAACCCCAAUGGCCAGCGAUUCUACAACCAGUCACCCAUGGCUCAGCCUGGAACGGGACCGCCACACCCCUAUCAUCCGUACCCGAUGGCUGAUGACUACCGAGGCGAGUCCCCGGCAUACUUCCCGCCACCCCAGAUGCCUGAGCCACAUACGUUGUCGGACAAGGAGCGCGUGCGCCAGGCCGAGAUGAGGCUCCUCCCAAGCCAGCCACCCGACCCCAACGCCGCCUCAGGCUCGGCCUCGGUCUCGGUCUCGGCCUCGGCCCCGUCUGCACCAGAUGCGGAUGGCAGUGAUGACCAUGGCGAUGCAAGCGAAGCGGAUGAGACGCCAACAGCCGGUCCAAGUGCACCGCCACCGCUAGAAUAUGCAGACCAGGACGCAUCGGCACCGACGCACGACGAUGUCGAGACGCCCCCAGCCGGUGCCGCCGUGAGUGGCGAAGACAAGCAGGAGCGUGAACGUCGUCGACUCAUGAACGAGGCCAGCGCACCACCAGAGAUACCCGACGACAUGGACAGGGUACGAGGUGAGCCGUCGAGUCCGCCCGAUGCGGAUGACGAUGCCGCGGAACCGAGUGCUCCCAUACUGGAUGAGGAAGUUGAGCAGCAUCAGCAUCACAGUCUCCAGCAGCAUCAACAUCAUCCUGCCUACGGAGCCGGCGCCGGACCGUCCAACUCGAGAUCGAGUCACGACGAUUACGAGCAGCUUCCGGCUUACGUACAAUGA